AUGGCGGCCAUGUUUGUCUUUGUGUGCGGGGAGGUGGAGAACGACGCUAUCAGAAGAUGCUGGUUGUUGGUGGAAUGUUUGUUGGCAAACUGCGUGUUGGAUGGAUUUGUGUAUGACGAUGGGAAAUGGAAGUGGAUUAUUAGGUUGUGUCUGGGGUUCCCACUACGCAAGAAACAGUUUGAUUGUCGAUGCAGGGGGCAAUGCGCUGGAGAAGGUGCUGGUUGUUGGUGGAAUGUUUGUUGGCAAACUGUGUGUUGGAUGGAGUUGUGUAUGACGAUGGGAAAUGGCAUUGUUGAGAGUUUGGUGCCUGGUACACUUCCAUUUUUCAGAGCCAUAGCCCGGCUUCGCAGCGUUGUGGGCGUGGUUGCGUUUGUAAGGUGCUGGUUGUUGGUGGAAUGUUUGUUGGCAAACUGCGUGUUGGAUGGAGUUGUGUAUGACGAUGGGGAAUGUAAGCAAGAAACUGUGGGUUAUCGAUACAGACAGCAUUUGAUGGAGAUGCGGCACUGCGCUUGUAUAUGUGGUGCCUUUUGGUGUGGCAUGUUUUGUGAAUGCGCUCCCCGAGUUGAUGUUACUUUCAAGGGAACAAAGAGCAGUGAAGCUUUGGGUGGUGACUGGAGGUAUGUGGGAUUGGGGGUUGGGUGGUGUGGUGUGGCGAAGGCGAGCAUGGAUGUGUUGGCUGAUGUCACGAGUUUGUGGAGAGCAGAUGUUCGUUUGUGUGUGGCGGAGGCGGAGUGUGUCUGGAUUGUGGCGAUUGCAGAUGGCAUGGGUGAUGGAAUCGAGUAUUUAAUACGUUUCCACUUUUCUGAGGCGGAGGCGAGCUCUGCUGCCUGGCGGGCAUGGGUGCGACUGUUCGCAGACAGUAGAUGCUGGUUGUUGGCGGAAUGUUUGUUGGCCAACUGCGCUUUGGAUGGAGUUGUGUAUGACGAUGGGGAAUGUUUCUGCAGAGCAAAUGCUAGUUCGUCUGUGGGCGUGGAUGAUUGUAGUUGGCGCGGGGCGAUGACGUGCUGCUUGUUGGUGGAAUGUUUGUUGACAAACUGCGUGUUGGAUGGAGUUGUGUACGACGAUGGGGAGUACUAG